UUCAUUGCAGUGUGUAACUUUAUAAUACAUGAACGAUGUGUCACAAAUGUUGUGACUCCUUGCUCUGGCAUUGCACCCUGUAUUAUUAAGAAUCCCGUGGCUCAUUGUUGGUCGGAACCCACACAACAUAAAAAGAAAUUCUGCACAGUAUGUCGCAAACGUAUGGAUGAUACACCUUCUGUACAUUGUAUAGUUUGUGAAUAUUAUGCACAUCUCGAGUGCCAAGAUUUCGCUGUACCCGAUUGUACAGAAAAUGCCACCUAUGUACCCGGCAAGGAGCUAUUAAAUGUAAAGCAUCAACAUCAUUGGCGAGAAGGCAAUCUACCAUCAAAUUCAAAAUGUGUUUACUGCAAAAAGACCUGUUGGUCAUCCGAAUGUCUAACAGGCUAUCGCUGCGAAUGGUGUGGUCUGGUCACACACGCUGGAUGUCGCAUGUACCUGCCAACCGAAUGUACAUUCGGUUGUUUACAACCGAUCUAUUUACCUCCGCAUUGUGUUUCAAUACCGCGUACCGAGGUGCCAAUUAAAGAAAUAAUGGGUGUUCGAAAAACCGAAUCCGAAUCGAAUUUAGUUCGCGACUAUUCAUGCCGUAAUGAUGACCAUCUGGUCGUUGUCAACAAAGAUGAUAAAGAUUAUUUUCAGAUGUUGGAAGGUUAUAAUAACGACGAUGUUGAAUGUGCUGAAUUAGCUGCAGCAGCUGCUGCUGAUGUUACUUCAUCGAUUACAGCAGAUGAAAAUGUAAUCGGAAAUGUCGUGGCAACUUCGUCGUCCAUGAGUUGUAGUGGCGGCAAUGCUUUAACCCUAAAAGAGCUUUUAUUAUUGCAAAGACAACGUUUAGAACAAUCAAAACAAAAUUUUUUUCUUUCCUCUUCACCCUCGUCAUCGUAUGCGCCAUCGCCGAUACCCACGAUAGCCGAUGAAAGUUCGACUCUGACACAGAUUGCGGUGGAGGGAAUCAAUGAUGAAGAUGCGGAAAAUUGUGCGGAAAAUGGUACACAACGUGUAGAGGAGGAGGAGCAGCAGCAGCAAACAAAUGCAAAUGAGAAUAUUAAAGAUCUGUUAGCAGUUAAUCAAAAAGUGGUCUCGAAAGGGAAUCGAAAUAAACGCUCUCAAAAGAAUAUUGAAAAAUCUCCAUCGACAUCAUCAUCGUUGCAUUUAUUUUAUACUAAUAUAGUAAAUAAGAUACCAUAUCCUGGCGGGGGAGGAGGUGGAGGCAGAAGUGGUCGCAAACAUCUCUCCUCCAACACCGAUGAUGAUGAGGUAGAUGGUGGGGUGUGUGAUGUCAGUGGUGGUGAUAUCAGUGAUGAUUACGACCCGUCAGAUGCCGAUCCCAACAGCCAACGCCGAUUACGUGAGCCGAAAUCAAACGAAGUAUUAAGCGAUGAGAGCAGCGGCCGUGGUGGCCAACAGCUGACACCCGGCACCGGUACGGGCAGUGAUAUUGAAUAUCAUGGUGAUAUCGAAGGCGAAUCAACGCACCACGAAGGUUUCUAUGAAACCUCCGACACGGGCGGCGAACUGACCAAUACCGAUGAUAUUGAUAUUGAUUCGAGCAUGAAUCUGCUUAGCAAUUUAAGUUGUAACAGUAGUAAUAGUAAUACCUCCAUAGAGAAACGUAUUAGUUUAAAUAGACAUAGAAAUGCGCACAAUCUCCAGCUGUCCGCGGCGAUGGGCUUUACACCGGGCACACCGAGUAGGCCCAAGCGCAGCACAGCCAACACUGCCUUAGGUGCGUUUGAGAGUACGAAACAAAAGACUGCAGCCAAGCCUAUACCGGCCCCCGGUAGGGGUCAACAUCGUCAUCCGGCACUCAGUUCGCCGAAUUCCAGUGACUGUUCAUCCGCCUCACCGAUACCACCACAUCCGGCAACGGCGCCCCAUCCCCUGUCACCGGUGGGUCGGAGUAAAUCAUUUCAGGAACCCGGUGUGAAGUUGCAUGCCCAAAGUCCUGGUGGUCGUUACAAGAAAUAUGCCCGUUUUUUUCAACGAAGACGAUCGAAACGCAACAAUAACUCAUCGGGCGCCGGUGGUGGAAAAGUGGAGGGAAAAAAUGUCCACAGCAAUUAUAGCCUUGAUACCAUGUAUCAGAAUAUUGAAAUUACCAUACAGGAUGAGGAUGGUAACUAUCAGCCAUAUGAUGAUAAUUUUGAUACCUACGAUCGCCAUCGUAGUGAUGAUCAUCUGGUCGAUGCUGAUGAAGAUGAUGAUGAGGAAAUUCUCAAAGAGUAUUCCCAAUUGUUGGGUAGCCGUUUGGGACCCUAUCACCAUCACCAUUCAGGAUUAUAUGGUGGUGGUGUUCACAGUGAUGAUGGCGGUGAUAUCAGUGAUGGUGCCAGUAGCCGCAGCCGUUCCCGGCUAAGUGAUAAUGAACAUGUGUUCGGUAAACUGCUGAAACGUAUGCGCCGAUUUUCGAUGGGUUGGCGUAAACCACGUUAUCACAAACGCAGAGCUCGAAGUAUAUCGGAAGAGUUCAGUAGUGGUGAUGCUCCACGCUUCAAAGAUGAAGAAUCGGUGGACAAAAAUGAGGCAAUGUCUGUUGUGGCGGGCGGCAGUGCAGCUGGCUGCAGCAGUGGUGGUUCAUCUUCACAUUAUCGGCCCGAAUCAGCAUCGGGUCAUAAAUCUGAUAAAUCGGACAAAGAAAAAGAGAAGAAGGAAAGGGAACGUGAAGAGAAGGAUAUAGAAGCAAUCAAGGUCUUUGAUGGCAACAAUUCAUUUAGGCGACAGCUAUAUCGCGUUAUAACGGUACCUCGUACAUAUACCUUGGAACAAUUGUUAACAACAGCAUUGCGAGCAUUUCAUAUAUCACGUGAUCCCAGUGCAUUUUAUUUAACCGAUUUAUAUGCUCCCGUUGGCAUGGAAGAUGCCGCUUUGCAAGAUCCAAAUCCUGUAUUAAGCCUAAAUCACAUGGAGGGUAAACGACCAGCUAUAUUUCUUCGGUUUCAAGACAAGGACAAUGGUUUUGUUCGCGUUUAUCCGGGUAAAUUGCAGUGCUCGUUGGAAGAGCCAUAUGUUAGUGUUCCUGUCGAUUCUACGACCACUAUUAAGGAUUUGAUACGUGAUGCUCUAGAUCGUUUUGGUUUACAAGAUAAUCCAAUCGAUGAUUACAGAUGUUCCCAAGUAUUAUUAGAUAGUGGUGUUACCGAACGCAUUUUAUCAUGGAACGAACGCCCAUGGAAUAUUAUGAAACAAAUGGGCAAAGAUUCAAUACGUCAAAUGGAAUUGAUGCGUUUCUAUUUGCAACACCGACAAGAUCCCCACGGUCCUAAUAUUGCCUUGUUUGUCGGCAAUUUAGAUCCGGGAAAAUCUCAAAGGAAAUAUGAAGAUUUCCUUAAUAAAUAUCUAACGGAAGAUAGUAAAUUUACAAGUAUUGGUCCAAUCUAUUAUGAAUAUGGUUCGGUGGUAUUAACCUAUGAGGAUGCCCAGAAGGCGGUACGAGCUUUCUAUAUUUUGCGUGAAGUACGCUGGGAUGGCAAAGAUUUGUUGGUAAUGCUUUUGCCGAACAUUGAACCGAGUAUGGUGCCACCCGACAUAAAUCCUCUGCUAGUCUUUGUAAAUGUUAAGUCAGGCGGUUGCCAAGGUCUAGAGUUAAUAUCGAACUUUAGAAAAUUGCUGAAUCCAUUUCAAGUAUUUAAUUUGGAAAAUGGUGGACCGUUACCGGGAUUAUACGUUUUCCGUCACAUACCGCAUUAUAAGAUCUUGGUUUGUGGCGGUGAUGGUACCGUUGGUUGGGUUCUACAAUGUCUAGAUAAUGUGGGACAAGAUUCGGAAUGUUCAAGUCCACCCUGUGCCAUUCUACCGCUAGGAACUGGCAACGAUUUGGCCCGUGUCCUCUGUUGGGGUUCCGGCUAUACAGGCGAUCAAGAUCCCCUUAGCUAUUUGCGUGAGGUAAUCGAAGCUGAAGAUAUACGCUUAGAUCGUUGGACUGUUGUCUUUCAUCCGGAAGAGAAACCCGAGGAACAAAUAUUAAAGGUUCCCACGAACACAACCGGUAAGAAGAAGAAGGCUCAUCAAGCACAUCUAUCGCAACAAACAGAUCAGCAUCAUCAAGAACCGGCCAUUACAUCGAGUGAAAAAUCAGGCGCCGGCGAUGAUGAAUGUGAGGGUACCAAAAACGAAGACAAUACCCAAAUCUUUGUCAUGAACAAUUACUUCGGCAUUGGUCUGGAUGCCGAUCUCUGUCUGGACUUUCACAAUGCCCGUAUGGAGAAUCCCUUCAAAUUUAAUUCUCGUCUACACAAUAAGGGCGUCUAUGUGAAGAUGGGUCUACGCAAAAUGAUGGGCGGACGCAAAUGUACAAAGGAUUUGCAAAAGGAAUUGCAUUUGGAGGUUGAUGGCAAGGUAGUUGAGCUGCCACCAUGUGAGGGUAUUAUUAUAUUGAAUAUAUUAAGUUGGGGCAGUGGUGCCAAUCCCUGGGGUCCCGAUAAGGAUGAUCGUUUCUCAACACCAAAUCACUAUGAUGGCCUAUUGGAAAUUGUUGGCGUCACGGGUGUUGUGCAUUUGGGACAAAUCCAGUCGGGUAUACGCUAUGCAAAUCGCAUUGCCCAGGGUGGCCACAUAAAAAUGCAUUUAUAUUCAGAUUUACCCGUGCAAGUUGAUGGUGAACCAUGGGUACAAUGUUCCGGUGAUAUUGUGGUUUUAAAAUCUGCUCUAAGGGCUUGGAUGUUACGCAAAGUUAAGAGUAAACGGCGUCUAACCGAGCCCCAUAUUUCACCGGCUGUGCUCAGUUUGUCGUCGACAGCUGCAGCUACAUCAUCGUCACAGACGGCAUUGCAAAUUGUGGCUCAGGUUACGGGUCAGCAGCCACAACAAUUUUCGGAAAUGACCAAUUCGGCAGCUGCUCUGGCCAUAGUGGGAAAUACCAAUGAAAAGGAAAAUAAAGACAAGGAUAAGGAACAGCAGCAACAGGAGCAACAAAAACAACAAGCGACCAUGUUGAAAAAAGUCAAAAAUAAAAUGAAACGUCGCAACACAGAACCAUCAAUGGCCCUGGCUGGCCAACAGAUGUCGCUGGCGCUACCACCCACAACCGCCGAGGGAGAUUCGGAAAGUGAAAUUGCCAGCAAUAAUACCGAUUUCUGA